UGUCCAUACCACUGACAUUACAAUAUCACAAUUGGUUAUUUCCUAAACCAGCUACCAUUUCGGGUUAAAAAAAAUAAAUCCAGAAUUAAAUAAAAUAAACAUUUCUAGCAUAGCUGUGACCUAAACCUGUUUUGCAGAGUAAGCAAACAGAACAGAAAACAGACGAGCAAUCCUGCGUCUCCGUCAACUCCACAUCACACAGGGUUAGACAACUCCACAGUUGAUGUAAGUCCUCGCGAUCUCUUUGAUGAGAUAGUCUGAUUAUUAUUUCCGGACAGACUGGGCAGUCAGAGCGAUCAUGGCCUGGGUAUUCGGCUGCUGUUUGAGAUGGUGCGGAGACGGAGGAUCAGGGCAUGUUCCUCUGAAAGAAAUGCCCGCAGUUCAGCUAGACACACACCACAUGGGAACAGAUGUUGUUAUCGUCAAAAGUGGCAGAAGAAUAUGUGGCACGGGUGGCUGCUUAGCAAAUGCUCCUUUACAUCAAAAUAAGAGCUAUUUUGAAUUCAAAAUCCAGUCCACAGGCGUGUGGGGUAUUGGAGUCGCUACGCAGAAGGUUAACCUGAACCAGAUCCCUUUUGGACGGGAUGUUCACAGCUUAGUCCUGAGACAUGAUGGAUCUGUCUAUCACAACAACGAGGAGAAAAACAGGCUCCCUGCAAACAGCAUCCCUCAGGAAGGAGAUAUAGUGGGUAUCACAUAUGACCACGUAGAACUCAAUAUAUUUUUGAAUGGAAAGAAUAUGCAUUGUCCAGCAUCAGGAAUCAGAGGAACAGUGUUCCCUGUCGUAUAUGUGGAUGACAGUGCAAUUUUGGAUUGCCAGUUCAGUGAAUUUUACUACACGCCUCCUCAAGGAUUUGAGAAGAUUUUAUUUGAACAGCAAAUCUUCUAAGCAACACUACCUGCAAUACAGCUUGCACCCUGCAUUGUUUUAAAGUGUUUUCUUCUGUUUCUACAAAGCUUUGUGUCAAUUGUAUGAAGUACAGUAUGUUGAGUAUUUUCCUGUGACUGUCCUUGUUACCAGCAUUGUACCCAGCUCUAAACCAUCUGGAAGAAGUUAGGCUGAAACUGCAGUUUAAAUCGUUUCAUCAUCUGUAAGCCGUGUGGUUUGUUUCAUACAAUAUUCGGAAUGGUUGUGUUUCCCUUUUAAUCAUGGGGUUUGGCAUCAUUAGUUCCCGUUUGUUAAUCAACCACUGCCUAACAAAAGCUAAUUUAGCAGAUUUUCAUUGUCAUUAGUAAUUAUUAAGGACAAGGUUAUGGAGCUUGUGAUCAAAGUAACACAUUCAGUAUCAGUUUUCUAACCGUGGUACGCAUUUAGAAUUCAUGCCCACAACAUAAUUACCAUUUUUAUUAAUGCCCAAAUUGGUUUAUUUAGCCUCUUGAUGAGAUUUCAUCUAUUUAAUUUAAAAUGUACAUUUUUAAUAAAACACAAGAUGCUACCAGUAUCAGUCACAGCUGUACAUAAAACACUGCUUGAUCUUCUAUAUAGUACAGGCAUGGACCUCUAUGCAAACGACUGAUUCAAUUGAAAAUGUUACUGGUUAUAUAAAUUUGAAACAAAAUAAUCAAAUAUAUUAUGAGGUAUAUAAAUCAUUAUUAUUUCUAAAAGAAUGUUGUCUACUUCAUCCUAUUUAACACUAAUACUGAUAACUAAUUAUGUAACACAAUUUUUGUUCCUGGGUAGUAAGUGUUAUUUCCUAAUUGCUUAUGCCUCAAAAGUAUAGAAAAUGGCUAUUAUUCCCCACAAACUUUGCUUUUGUGACCAGGACAGUGAUAUUUUGAAAUUUACCUAUUUCCAAUGAGAAAACGGGCGAAUUUGUGUCUUUUCGUUCACAUAAAGUCAGAAAAAAACAACAUAUGAAUCCAAAUUAACAUGUAUUUAUACUAAAGUAAUACAAAAAUUACUACAAAAGAUUUAGAAGCGAGUAGUUUUUCGAGAUUUACGAUUAUACUGUAAAUCACUUUCACGAAUCAGCCCCUAAAUGUAGUCUCCCAUCAUGUUGUCGUUAUACUGUCUUUGGUAGCGGCGUUCAAAGUCCAGUAUAUCCUGGUGGAAGCGCUCGCCUUGCUCCUCCAAGUACGCUCCCAUGUUCUCCUUGAAUUUAUCAAGAUGAGCAUCAAGGAUAUGGACUUUGAGGGACAUCCUACAGCCCAUUGUGCCGUAGUUUUUCACCAGAGUCUCAACCAGCUCCACAUAGUUUUCGGCCUUGUGAUUGCCCAGGAAGCCCCGAACCACUGCGACAAAGCUGUCCCAAGCCGCUUUCUCCUUACUAGUGAGCUUCUUGGGGAAUUCAUUGCACUCCAGGAUCUUCUUUAUCUGUGGUCCGACGAAGACACUGGCUUUGACCUUUGCCUCAGACAGCUUAGGGAAGAAGUCUUGAAGGUACUUGAAGGCUGCCGGCUCCUUAUCUAGAGCUCUGACAAAUUGUUUUAUAAGGCCCAAUUUGAUGUGCAGUGGUGGCAUCAGCACCUUCCGGGGGUCCACCAGUGGCUCCCACUUGACGUUGUUCCUCCCCACAGAGAACUCGGUCCGCUGUGGCCAGUCCCGCCUUUGGUAGUGCGCCUUGAUGUCCCUGCUGUCCCAAAGGCAAAGAUAGUAGGGAAACUUGGUAAAACCGCCUUGGAGACCCAUCAGGAAUGCCACCAUUUUGAAGUCUCCUAUGACCUUGAUGCUAUCUCAGAAAAAUGCAGAUAUGUAUCCACUUAGUCAGCUGGAACUAAACUGAACUGGUGGGCUUAAGGCCCCUGUAUUUAUACUACUAUUUAUAUUACUGGAAAGUUCUAGAAGUUACUCCAAGUUUACUCAGCACUGAAUCUAUCUGGAAUGUUCUGGAAAAUAGGUAAAUUUCAAAAUAUCACUGUCCUGGUCACAAAAGCAAAGUUUGUGGGGAAUAAUAGCCAUUUUCUAUACUUUUGAGGCAUAAGCAAUUAGGAAAUAACACUUACUACCCAGGAACAAAAAAAAAAUAAUAAUAAAUUGUUACACAGUGUUAUAUAUAUAUAUAUAUAUAUAUAUAUAUAUAUAUAUAUAUAUAUAUUACUGUUAAAUUCUUUUGGAAGUUUUAGGGAUGCCUUGUUUAUUGUAAGUUGUCAACAAUUAAUAGUUUAAAAUAUUGCUGUGUUUUGUUUUCUUUCUGAAUCACAUCAGCACUCGUCUACACAUAGUAACUUAUUAAAUGUUAGAACAUUGGUAUGUGUCUCAGGUGUUAAUGUGUUGAUUUAGCACUGAUGAAAUGUGAGUGUUAUGUAUUAAAAGAAAAAAGAACCAAA